GUUAGUUUCUUCUAAGAAGUAGGAGCCGAUAAACGAAACCAUCAAUUAUUCCAUUCAUUGCUCAAAUCCGGAUUCCCUAUAGGGAGUCUUCUUCUAUCAAACUACCUCUGAACCUAAAUACAGAGUUUCUCUUGUUGCAGAGCUUUACUCUCCAGCCUUCUAUCGCACCUCUUACCUUUCCAAGGUUCCUCCGGGAACUUCCUGCAGACGCCGGAGUCGUCACAGCAAUCCGUCGACCUGUUACUAUCAACGCAUUACAUCAUGGCCGAAGAAAUUGUGAUAGACAAGUCUACCUUUUUCAAUCGAUUAUCAAGCUUCUAUAACGCGUGGAAGGCAGAUAAACGAUCCAGCCAUGCUACUUUUGGUGGUGCUUCAUCAAUCGUCAUUUUAAUGGGAAAGACCGAUGAGGCGAACAGCUUUCAAAAAAACAAUGCGAUGCAUUUCUGGCUGCUUGGCUACGAGUUUCCUGCUACGCUUCUAGUUUUUACAACAGAGGUGGUAUAUGUUGUAACUACAGCAAAGAAAGCCAAGCAUCUUGAACCCCUGAAGGGCGGCAAGAUUCCGGUGGAGAUAUUAGUGACUUCGAAAGAUCCAGAGGAGAAGAUGAAAUCAUUUGAAAAAUGUAUCGAAGUUAUCAAAAAUGCCGGUAAAAAAGUUGGUGUCUUAUUAAGAGACACAACAGCAGGUCCAUUUGCUGAGGAUUGGAGGAAGGCUUAUGCGGUGUUGUCAAAAGAAGUAGAAGAGGUUGAUAUUUCGUCUGCUCUGUCUGCCGCACUCUCAGUGAAGGAUACCGACGAAUUAGUAUCAAUACGGAACGCAUCGCGGGCAUGCAGUGGGCUGAUGUCUGAGUACUUUGUUGAUGAGAUGUCACGCCUACUUGACGAAGAGAAGCAAAUGAGCCACAAAGCUCUUUCGAUGAGGAUAGAUGCUAAGAUAGACGAUGCUAAAUUCUUCAACAAGCUCGCCAAAUUACCUGCUGAAUUUGACCCUCAACAGAUCGAUUGGGCAUACGGACCUGUGAUACAAAGUGGGGGGAAGUAUGAUCUCAAGCUCACUGCGGUCUCGGACAACAACAACCUGCAACCAGGAAUAAUCAUUGCUGGCUUUGGGAUCCGCUACAGGACUUACAGUUCGUUGAUCGCUCGCACCUACCUGGUGGACCCGACUAAGUCCCAGGAGGCAAAUUACGCCUUCUUACUGAACAUUCGCGAAGCCAUCAUAAAGGAGGUUCGUGAUGGAACUACGGCUAAGGACCUAUACAGUAAGGCAGUUAGCCUGAUUCGAACCAGAAAACCGGAACUUGAAGCACAUUUCCUGAAAGCUGUCGGUGCAGGCAUAGGAAUUGAACUCCGAGACGCCAAUAUGGUGCUGAACGGGAAGAAUGACAAGAUCUUGAAGAGUGGAAUGACUUUCGCUAUUACAGUUGGGUUGACUGAUGUUGAAGACCCGAACAUGAAGGACAAGAAUAGGACUGUUUAUUCAAUGGUCAUCACAGACACUGUUCGUGUUGGGGAAACUGGACCUCUGGUGUUCACUAAAGAUGCCGGGGUGGACAUGGACUCGGUAUCUUUCUAUUUUGGUGACGAAGAGGAACCCCAAAAGCCUGUCAAGGAGAAGAAGGAGGCAAAAUCUAGCGCCAUUGCCAACAGGAAUGUUACAAGAACUAAGCUCCGUGCUGAACGCCCCACUCAGAUCAAUGAAGGUGCUGAGGCACGGCGGCGUGAACACCAGAAGGAAUUGGCUGGCAAAAAGACCAAGGAAGGUCUAGACAGGUUUGCCGGUACUACCGGGGACGACAACGGCGUCACGCAGAAAAAGUUCAAGAGAUUCGAGUCUUACAAGAGAGACAAUCAACUCCCGACGCGAGUGAAGGACUUGACUGUUUAUGUAGACCAGAAGGCCUCAACUGUUAUUGUGCCCAUCAUGGGUCGGCCAGUGCCCUUCCAUAUUAACACGAUCAAAAAUGCUAGCAAAAGUGACGAAGGAGAGUAUGCGUACCUCCGAAUCAAUUUCCUUUCACCGGGCCAAGGCGUUGGUCGAAAGGAUGACCAACCUUUCGAAGACCUUUCUGCACAUUUUUUGCGCAACUUGACACUCCGGUCCAAGGACAAUGACCGACUCGCACAGAUCGCACAAGACAUCACAGAACUACGAAAGAAUGCUUUGCGGCGCGAGCAAGAAAAGAAGGAAAUGGAAGAUGUGGUAGAGCAGGACAAACUGGUUGAAAUAAGGAAUCGUCGUCCUGUCAAGUUGCCUGAUGUGUAUCUUCGGCCUCCCCUAGAUGGUAAACGAGUUCCUGGGGAAGUGGAGAUCCAUCAAAAUGGUCUUCGUUAUAUGUCGCCAUUUCGAAAUGAACAUGUGGACGUAUUGUUCAGCAACGUGAAGCACUUGUUUUUCCAACCUUGUGCACAUGAGUUGAUCGUCUUAAUCCAUGUUCAUCUAAAGACGCCUAUCAUGAUAGGAAAGAGGAAGACCAGAGAUGUGCAAUUCUAUAGGGAGGCUACUGAAAUGCAGUUUGAUGAGACUGGCAAUCGUAGGCGCAAACACCGCUACGGAGAUGAAGAGGAGUUCGAAGCUGAGCAGGAGGAGAGACGGCGAAGAGCAGCUUUGGAUCGCGAGUUCAAGGCUUUCGCUGAAAAGAUUGCAGAUGCUGGAAAGGACGAAGGUGUGGACGUUGACAUUCCCUUUAGGGAAAUCGGCUUUACGGGUGUUCCGAACCGCUCAAAUGUUUUGAUUCAACCUACAACGGAUGCUCUUGUGCAACUGACAGAGCCACCAUUUCUGGUGAUCACCCUGAAUGAGGUGGAGAUUGCUCACUUGGAGAGAGUUCAGUUUGGGCUGAAGAACUUUGACCUGGUCUUCGUUUUGAAGGAUUUUCACAGGGCACCUGUGCAUAUUAAUACAAUCCCUGUUGAAUCCCUAGAGGGGGUUAAAGAUUGGCUGGAUUCUGUUGACAUUGCAUUCACCGAGGGACCGCUAAACUUAAACUGGACAACUAUCAUGAAAACCGUUGUGAGUGACCCAUACGGUUUCUUCGCUGAUGGGGGUUGGUCAUUCUUGGCCGCAGAGUCAGAUUCGGAGGGCGGAUCAGACGAGGACGAAGAAUCCGCAUUUGAGCUUUCUGAAUCAGAGCUUGCGGCGGCCGAUGAGAGUUCAGAAGAUGAUAGCGAGUUCGACGAUGAUGCCAGUGCAGAGGCAAGCGAUGAUUUCAGUGCCGACGAGGAGAGCGGUGAAGACUGGGAUGAACUUGAAUUAAAGGCGAAGAAGAAGGACAGGGAAAGCGGCCUGGAGGAUGAAGAUCGUGGGAAAAAGCGCAAGAGAUGAUCUAGCAUUCUUCCCCAUAGCAUUUUGCUAUUAUCAGGGCUUUGCUCUAUAUCACAGUCCUCAUUGAAUGCCCCAAAUUGUACAAGAUUCCACAUCAAGCAACUUAUCAGUCGGCAGAUUAGAUUAGAUUAAGGUUGACGGGGCUCAUGUGAUGGCUUCGAAUUAUCUAAAUAACAUAUGUGCAUAAAAAAACACGUGAGAUC